AUGAAAUCACUACCCCAGAUACUUCCUCUUAGUUUACUGAUACUGCUUCUGAUGAUCAUCGAUACUAAUGCGGAUUUCUUGACACCUAUCGACUUUCUGAACGCUCGUUUCGUUAAUACUGAAUCUCGGUCAGUAUUUCCUCUAAACGACCAGAGGUUUCAUCUGAAGAUAAAACGACACCUGGCAAUAGCUAAUAAACUCAAUAUUACAUUUCAGCGAACGAGACGCGGAUCUGCUGUAGCCUAUGAGGCUGACAAAUGGCCCAACGGAAGGGUUCCCUAUGUGCUUUCACCAGCAUACACUCCUAUGCAACGAGCGGUAAUUGCUCGAGCAAUUGCUGGCUACAGUUCCAAAACCUGUAUACGGUUUGUACCAAAAGAAAUAAACGAUAGAGAUUUUAUUAUAAUAUCAAAACUUGAUGGAUGUUACGCUGACUUUGCACGAGUUGGAGGUCCGCAACAAGUCUCAUUAGCUGAUGAAUGUAUCGACUACCCAACAAUCAUUCAUGAAUUCAUGCAUGUCAUUGGUUUCAUUCACGAACACCAAAGAGAAGAUCGAGAUGGAUUUGUAAACAUUAUUUGGAGGAAUGUUAUACCAGGAGCAGAAACAGACUUCGAGAAAAUAUCUGCCCGAGGGUUAUCUUAUUAUGGAGAAGGAUAUGAUUACUUCUCUAUAAUGCAUUAUGAAGCAAGUGAAGGUAGCAGAAAUGGUAGAAACACCAUAGAGGCAAAACAACAUGGUUUUACACCUUUAAUGGGAAAAAGCACCGACUUUACUAUAAGCGACCUUAAUCGAAUUAAUAGAGCAUACAACUGCAAGCGUUUCGACCCAUUCUCAUUUCUGUGA